AUGGAAAGGAAAAGAAAAGCGGAUGUAAAAAAAGAAAAAAAAUUUUGGACAAUUUUUUUUUUUCCGAGUUCCAUAGCAUUAGAACUUAAAAAUCAAUCCGUCGGUUCUGUGUCAACACUUCCAAAAUCACGAUUAGGAGAUGAUGGUGAUGGAUCAACGGAUUAUUGUCCACCCGAUUUGCUUACGUUUCCGACUAAAAACCAUCAGAAUUCUUCCACUGACGCCAUACCCUACGUCACAUCCUCUUCCUCCUCCGAUAGAUCUCCUUAUCCGAGACCGCAAAAAUUAUUAAACAGUCCACAAUUCGCCGGACAAUUCGGAACUCUUCCCUAUUCGAGAAGUCACAGUCCGUUUUCGCCUCCAUUGGGUAUAGUACCCAGGCAAUCGGGUUACGUGACAAUUCCCAGAAAGCCUAGAGUGCCAAGUUGGAGUUCGCCAUUAUCCCCGGUUUUAAUUGAUUCGAACGGAGAAACUCCGGUUAAAUCCGAACCCAUUUACGAUAAUCUCGGUCCACGUACGACCGCUGACGGAAGCUCGGGAAUAAGUUUGAACAAAUGCGACGGAAACGUAUCGCAUCACAAUUAUAAAAAUCGACCCCUACCUCAAACUCCGUUGGACACCGGCAAACGAUACUACGAACCCAUUAACGAAAACGACGGAACUUUCACACCGACGGUUUUUAAAAAUUCAAGAACUCCCGGAAGUGCCCACCGUAAUAAUAAUAAUAUUAAUAAUAGUAAUAAUUUAUCGAUAGCCGACGCACCGCCCAGAGACACGUCCACGCCUGAUAAUAACAAAAGGCAAAGUUGGGCGAGAAUAACACCGGAAGGUGCUCAAAUACAUUCGACGGAAGAAACGGAAAGUUUGAUAACGCCCAACUCUAUCAAUCCUCGUAUCACAGCGAAUCGGAAAAUUCCACCGAAUCCACCGCCAAAACCUAAGAAAAAACCUGGAAAAGCUUUUUACGAAGAUGAAGAACAAAUAAAGAAAAUUCAUAAAUGGAAUGGAAAUGAUAAUUAG